CGCAAUAAGCAAUACUUCAUAUCGAGUUGCUCCGUCAGUAUGCGAUAAGAUUGUUGUUGUGGAAAUUUCAAAAACACGGAAAAUUAUUGAAAAAUGUUCGGGAAUAUUCUCACCUUGGAUCUGGUGGACAGGGUGUUCGCCAACACCUACGCGAAGAAGAAGCAAACUCCCGAUCUGAGUCAGUCGAGUUCUUCAGAAUCCGUUGCCAGUUCUACCUCUAUGAAAAAUUCAUGGAGAUCUUCGAUUUCCAGCAUAAAUUCCAUCGAACACUUUGAGCUGCCUCCUCAUAUGAGAACCUCUUGUAUGGACGUGAAAAUAUUCGAUCCCGUACAUCUGACACUCAGAGUAGAGCACGGAAAUACGCUGGUGAUGGAGGGAGUACACGAAGAAGGCAAUGACGAUCAUGGUUCUAUAGUUAGGCAUUUUUCUAGAAGGGAAAUCAUACCGGAGACUUGCGAUGCUUCAAAGAUGAGAACUGAAUUGCUGAGGGACGGUCUGCUGAUUGUGACAAUCCCGAAACGUAAAGUCGAAAGACAAAAUUCGGCAGAAUCUUCAAGUUCAAACCCGCUUUCGCCUACGAAACGUGUAAAAGAUGUUCCACAGUCGCCCACAAAACGAGUUAGAUUCCUGUCAAUUGAGGAAAAGGAAGAGAAGAAAUCAACGCAGGGUACCCCGAAAAAAUAAAGUCAUAAUAUGAAUAUCUACUUGGAUUUUCAUACCACACAUCCGUCUUAUUGUUUCUGUUCAAUUCUGUUUGCAAUACGUUUGAUUAUAUUUCAUUUAUUAUAUUAAUUUUAACUUGUUAUUGAAUAUUUAAUAUAUCCGUUUUGAAUUUCAAUAAAAUGUUUAUAAUAUGAA